UGACAUCUGAUGACCAUUCCUCCCGAUUACAGUCAUGCAGUUCUCAUUUGUCUUCAACACACUCCUUUCCUUUAUCGCUAUUGCAGCAGCAUAUCCCACACCAUCAGGGAUGAAACUUUCUUCUUUGGCUAAGCGUGAGGGGCUUGGCUCUAACCUUAUUGGUGAUUUGGACACUAGGUUCCCUAACGAUGUUAGUCAACCUAGCGUGCCUAGCGGCCCUCCAAAUAGCAACAUUGACUACUUGGACACUCGGGCCUCCAACGAUGUCAGUCAGCCCAGCAUGCCCAGCGGCCCUCCCAAUAGCGACAUUGACUACUUGAACACUCGGGCCCCCGACAAUAGUCACACCAGCAAUCCUUCCAACACUUCUUCCAACACUCCUUCCAGCACUUCUAGUAAUUCUAACGACACUAGUCACUCCAGUCACUCCAGCAAUUCUGCCAGUAGCGACGCUGAGUACUUGAGCGUCCGGGUCCCUGGCGACGACACUAGUCACCCCAGCGACACUUCCAACACUUCUAACCCUGCCAACACUGCCAAUGGCAAUGGCGAUGAGAGCGAUGGCGACGAGGAUGUUAAAAUGUGAAUCGUGGGGAGUAACCGGACGAAGAGGGUUGGUGACUCCAGGGCUGAAAGAUGAUAAAACGUGAUCAGCAUCACGAUCCAUCCGUGCUAUAUAUCUAUUUUAUAUCCACAAUCAUUCUUGAUACCCCCGCCCACGUCAUUCUACCUCUCAACCUGUUCCAAUAAACUUCCAAGUACGAUAUUGUUUCCCCUCAGUCUUGUGAACCAAGACUGAGGUCAGCAUACUAAGUACUUACUGCCACAUCCGGUGCAUAUAUUUACCUGACAAUACAGGGUCCUCUCUUUUUAUGUUUAUAUCAUAGCUGUAGUAGUUUAGAGACGAUGUGCAUUGCUCUAUGUAUUGGCUGCAUGCCUCUGUUUUUAUGAUGCCGAUAUGAUGAGCGUCACGAAC